UCUUACGGGCAGAGGGAGUCUCCGGUACAGACAGGUGUGGACCAAAAGCAUGGGACCAUGCAACUGACAACUAUCGAAUCGCGUUUUGUCGUGCUUUUAAUCCGAGCUGCUUUUGCUGACCGAUGCAAGCUCUAACCGUGGAUGUGAUGCCUCGCUGUCGGAAGAAGUUCUCGUGCCCUACACCGCCCCGGAGCGGGCGCCGGUCCUCGCGCAGCAGCUUGUGCAAAUCUUUAAUUCAACUUAAGCUCUAACGCUCGGUGGAGGAUCGUCCCAGUCUCGUGGUGUCAGGGUACGACAGAACGACCAAGCUUGCGCGGCAUUAAUUUCAUUUGUCGCUACAGCGGUCUGUGUCGGGGAGGCAGACUGGGGUCAGUAGAAGUUUAAGUGCUGAUUCUGUGGUCCUGGAUCGCCGAGGCUUAGCCUGCUUCUCGAGCACUAGAAUACCGGUCAAACGCGGUCCUUCGGACCUUCCUGCCGCCAGGGCCGUGACACUCGAGAUGGCCCUCUACGACUCGCCCCAGGCAGACCCGGGCAGCUCGGUGCUGGAGCAGCUGCGUCUGGAGCCCAGCGCGGACGUCUCGGAGCCGAGCGUGCAGCAGCGUCUAGAGGCGCAGCGCGAGCGCAUCCGCCGCGAGAUCCGCCGUGAGCUGAAGAUCAAAGAGGGCGCAGAGAACCUCCGCCGCGCCACCACUGACAAGCGUAACGCACACCAGGUGGAGAGCCAGCUGCGCAGCUCCAACCGCAGACUGGACACCCUCCACUCUCAGCUGCAGGAGCUCGACGCCCACAUUAUGGUGAAGGGCCCCAAUGACAGCAAGGGUGAGGUCAAAGAUGACCUUCAGGUUCCAGGGGCGGCCGGCCCUUCCCCAGCUAAUCAGGACCGGAUCACUGCGCUCCAGCGGCAGCUCAAUAUAGAGCUGAAGGUCAAACAGGGAGCAGAGAAUAUGAUCCCCAUCUACGCCAACGGAUCUACUAAAGACAAAAAGAUGCUGCAAGCGGCCCAGCAAAUGCUGCAGGACAGCAAAACAAAGAUCGACAUCAUCCGCAUGCAGAUCCGCAAAGCCAUGCAGGCCACGGAGUGCGCUGACGACACGCAGGGGAAGCCGGAUCUGUGUGGGGUGGAGCUGAGGGUGGAGGAGCUGUGGCAUCACUACCGCGUGGAGCACGCCAUGGCUGAGGGAGCCAAGAACAUGCUGAGAAUGCUGGGAACAGCAAAGACUCAGGACAAGAAGGCUAUGACAGAGGCGCAGUGCCGGCUAGAGGAAUCCACGCAGCGGCUGGACCUGCUGAAGGGGUCCCUGGAGCGGCGGCUGGCCGAGCUGCCCGAGGACCACCCCAAAGCGCGCCUCAUCAAAGAGGAGCUCAUCCUCGCCUCCUCCUCCGCCUUCAGCGCGCGCAACGCCGCCCCUUACGUACACAACCAGUACAGCACCCUCAGCAAACCAUCUCCGCUAACAGGCACUCUGCAGGUGCAGUUGCUAGGCUGCGUGGGGCUGUUGGAGGUGGUGCCCGGUCGCAGUCGUGGUUCGGCCACAGCGUGGACGAGCUACAGCCCUGGAGAGGGACGUUCCUUUAAACUCCUGUACAACCGCAACAGCACCAGCAGUCUCAAAAUACCCAGCAGAACAGACGAGCUCUCGUCUGAAGUGAGUGCUGUGUUAAAGCUGGAAAACACUGUGGUUGGUCAGACAAACUGGAAAACAGUGGGAGAGCAUGCCUGGGACCAGAGCUUCUCUGUGGAACUAGAGAGGUCCAGGGAGAUAGAGAUCGCUGUGUACUGGAGGGACUAUCGGUCACUCUGCGCACUCAAGUAUCUCAAACUGGAGGACUUCCUGGAUAAUCAGAGACACAGAAUACAGCUGGAGCUGGAACCCCAGGGCUUACUUCUGGCUGAGGUGACGUUCUUUAACCCUGUUAUUGAGCGCAGUUCCCGUGUCCAGCGUCAGAAGAAGAUCUUCUCCAAACAGCAGGGUAAGGCAUUUUUAAGAGCGCAGCACAUGAACGUGGAUAUUGCUACCUGGAUCCGAUUACUAAAGAACGCCUUCCCAACAAGUACCUCAGUGAACAGUGACCACCACAACUCACACACUCACAACACAAGCGUCAUCUCUGUGGAGAAGAUAAACCUGGACAGUGACCCUCCCUCACGACAUGAAAGUCAGAGAGAUGUUACAGACGCAGCUUUACAGGAAGAGCAUUUGACUUGUAUGGCUCCAUUACCACCUCCUGAUCCAGAGCAGAGAAGGCUCAGUUCCAACAAUUCCCAGCGAAGACAGAGUAAAGGUUCCAUUUGUUUGCAGGAUUUUCAUCUCAUUGCUGUGUUGGGCAGAGGGCAUUUUGGCAAGGUCUUGUUGUCAGAGUAUAAGCAUUCUGGGAGUCUUUAUGCCAUCAAGGCCCUGAAGAAAGGAGACAUCAUAGCGCGGGACGAGGUGGAGAGUCUGUUGUGUGAGAAGCGGAUCUUCGAGACAGUGAACAGCUCUCGUCACCCUUUCCUCGUCAAUCUGUUUGCAUGUUUCCAGACACCUGAACACGUGUGUUUUGUCAUGGAGUACACAGCUGGAGGAGACCUCAUGAUGCACAUCCACACUGACGUCUUCUCUGAGCCGCGCUCCAUGUUCUAUGCUGCUUGUGUUGUUUUGGGCCUACAGUUCCUUCAUGACAAUAAGAUUGUAUACAGGGACCUGAAGCUGGACAACCUUCUCCUGGACACCGAGGGCUUUGUGAAGAUCGCUGACUUCGGCCUCUGCAAAGAGGGGAUGGGUUAUGGGGACAGGACCAGUACCUUUUGUGGAACCCCAGAGUUCCUGGCCCCAGAGGUUUUGACUGAUACGUCCUACACUCGAGCAGUAGACUGGUGGGGGCUCGGGGUACUGGUCUACGAGAUGCUGGUUGGAGAAUCUCCAUUCCCAGGUGAUGAUGAGGAAGAGGUGUUUGACAGCAUUGUAAAUGAUGAAGUACGUUACCCACGGUUCCUGUCUACAGAGGCCAUUGCCAUCAUGAGACGGUUGCUUAGACGAAAUCCUGAGAGGAGGUUGGGGUCCAGCGAAAAAGACGCAGAGGAUGUGAAGAAGCAGCCUUUCUUUAGGAACAUAGACUGGGAGGCUCUUCUGCAGAGGACAGUGGUCCCUCCAUUCCUGCCGUCUGUGGGAGGGAAGGAAGACGUAAGUAACUUCGAUGCCGAGUUCACGGCAGAGGCCCCAGACCUGACUCCCCCGCGUGAGCCCCGGAGCCUCUCCCGCCGCGACCAGCACUACUUCAGAGACUUCGACUAUGUCUCCCACCUCUGCUAGGGCCCAGGCCAGCAGGGGGAGCUCUCGCAAUACUGUCACUGGGACGCAUGGGCUGUGUUCCGAUUUCCCUCGACAAGCCCUUCAGAGGCUCCCUUCAUCCUGCUGAUUUCGUAGGGGGGACGGUGGCGUAGUGGACUCCAUCAGUCUUCGAUGACCCUGUUUACACUCAGGUUCAGAGGUGACGAGUUAGAGGGCAGCCAGUUGGUAGGAUCAGAAGAUGAAGAACUAAGAAGUAAUGAGGGUGGCAAAGGGCGUGCAGGAACAGGUUUGUGUCUCAUGUGCACGCUUAAAGAUUUCAGAGCACCGGGUGAUGUGAAACGUGAAUAAAUGACUGAGGCAAUGGAGUUUAAUGAUCCAGAUGAUGUGAAGUUUAGUAGAAGAGGGAGGCGUCAGGGAGGCCAAAAUGCGUCCAGCGUAGCAACGGCUGUUCUGUAGUAGCAGCGCAUAUAUAUGCUGAUAUGCCUCAAAUCUGUGAACAUAGUAAAAUGUGUCUCAUUUAGAAUGCA